CUAAAAAGGACAGUGGAACAGCAAAGUUUAAAUGAAGCGCCUGACUCUCUUACAGAUCAGAGCACUGGGGAGACUGAUCUUGAUGAUCCAUCUGGAGCACAGUUUAAAGGUCAUAUUAAUACAAAGAAAAACCUUAUAGCUAUUAAUACUUCCAAAGUAGAUCACAGUGUCCCAAGGCAUCGGUGUAUGUUAUGUAACAAGGAAUUUCUAGGUGGUCACAUCGUACGGCAUGCUCAGGCUCAUCAGAAAAAAGGCAGUUUUUCAUGUGUAAUAUGUUGUAGAAAAUUUAGAAACAGAGGACUUAUGCAGAAGCAUUUAAAGAAUCAUGUUAAGAAGAUGCAGAGACAGCAAAUUGCUGCAGCUCAACAGGACGAUCAGGAAAUCACUGCUUUGGAAGAAAUAAAUUGUUCCAAUUCUUCCAUUUCAUUUGAAAAUGGAAAUUCUGAUAGUAAAGAUUUAGAAGUAGGGACUCUUACUGCUUCCAGUGUUGGAAACCAAGAAGUCACCCCUGAGCAUGUGGCUGAAUUCACUGAAAUUCCUGUAAGCAUACCAGAAGAUGUUAUUGAAAACGUUAUUGAAAAUGGCAGUCCUGAUACUUCUUUAAAUGUCUUGAAGCCUUUACCUGAAUGUGAGGAUUAUGAGGAGGAAGAGGAUGAAGAAGGUGAUUAUGAAGACGAUGAUUAUGACCUAAAUCAAGAAACUUCAGUACUUCAUAAAAUCAAUGGAACUGUGUGCCAUCCAAAAGACAUAUAUGCUACAGAUCAAGAAGGAAACUUUAAAUGCCCUGCUCUUGGCUGUGUCAGGAUAUUUAAAAAAAUUGGAUUUCUAAAUAAACAUGCAAGGACUGUACAUCCAACUGAUUUAAAUGUGCGACAAACGGUAAUGAAGUGGAGCAAAGGAAAAUGCAAAUUUUGUCAAAGGCAAUUUGAAGAUUCUCAACAUUUUAUAGAUCACCUUAAUAGACACAGCUAUCCAAAUGUGUACUUUUGUUUGCAUUUUAAUUGCAAUGAAUCAUUUAAACUGCCAUUCCAGCUUGCCCAGCAUACAAAAAGUCACAGCAUAUUUCAAGCUCAGUGUAGUUUUCCAGAAUGCCAUGAGCUUUUUGAAGAUCUUCCUCUGCUAUAUGAACAUGAAGCUCAGCACUAUUUAAGUAAAACACCAGAAUCAUCUGCACAACCAAGUGAAACAAUUCUUUGGGAUGCUCAUACAGACUCAAAUCCUAAUCAUCAGGAAAAAGACUCAUCUAGUAAUGAGAAACAAACUAUUAGUCUGCCAGUUUCAACUAGCAAAUCAAGGAAAGAUUCUACAGAACCAAAGACAUGUAUAGAAAGCAUGGAAAAGCAAACAGACAGUUCAGUUCAAAAUGGAAAUGAACAUUCUGUUGACACUGUUUCAAAUAUAAGCUUGAUAGACCAAAAGAUGACUGACAUAGAGCCAAAUUCUGAAAAUAACUGUAGUGUUAGUGAUUUAGUCAAUGGACAUAGUGAAAUAGAGCAAACACCUUUAGUUUCAUCAGAUCCUGCUUUGAAAAUUGAUACAAAUAGAAUUAGGACAGAAAAUGGUUCCAUUUUACCCACUGUUGUAUCACAAGAACACAGUACCCUACCAGUAUCUCAGGCACCUUCCAAACCAAAUCUGACAAGUGAACAUACUUCAUAUGGCUUAAUUUUAACAAAGCCAUAUGUCAGACCAUUGCCUCCUAGUUACCUUGAUGAACGGUACCUUAGUAUGCCAAAACGCAGAAAAUUUCUGACUGAUAGAGUAGAUGCCUGUUCUGAUCAAGAUAACAUUUGUAAAAAAUCAGUGAAAAGAUUAAGAUGUGGCAAAUGCCUAACCACCUACUGUAAUGCAGAAGCACUUGAGGCUCACCUUGCACAAAAGAAAUGUCAGACACUCUUUGGAUUUGAUUCAGAUGAUGAAAGUAAGUCUUCUAUCUUCUCAGUAGAUGUAUCUGUAGAAAUAGAAAAUGCCAUAAAUAUAACUAUAAAUCUUUACUAGGUAAAAAAAUUAGCAUUUGUAUAGCACAGACGGUAAAGCACUACCCCACACGUUAUUCUCUUCAAUCCAUACAACCACUGUGAAGUGCUAUUACUAUUCUUGUUUUAUAGGUCAAGCAAGUGAAAUUCACAAAUUAA